AUGGCUCUUUCUCAUGUUUUCUUUGCCUCAACUCAGUACAUUAUUAUCCCGCAAUCCGAUACAUUCCGCUUCCCGGUUGAUGUCCAUCUGUUGGGCAUCGAGAUCCGGACCGUUUUCUCUAACCUGAUGAGUGCAGAGGGAGGCAUUUACAACGCUUCGGAUCAUUAUCACCAUCGGAACAGCAUCAGGUGCCUGUCACUCAGCCAUGAGGUGAUGCAUGUUCAUCAACAAGAGCAAUCAAACAGACAUGUGAACAUCCAGUCCUAUGCACUCAACGAUUGGUGCCUGCUACAGCUCCUCAAAAUUGUUCCGGGAGACAGCCCGGAGGCAUUUGAUCGUCUAUUUUUAAGGUGUAGAACCGAAGACGAUGGACAAAUGUCAAAAACCGGUCAAGAAAGAGCUAGUCUCCACACGAGUGAUUCAAAGCUUGAUCUCAAACAUUUGAUCCAAUAUCCACUUUCCAUCGCAGAAAGCCGAUUAGCCAAUGAGCGAGAAGAUCAAGGCCAUGUUCGUGUCUUGAUCAGAUUUCCUGGACUGGACCACAAUUUGAUGGUACCAGUCUCAAAUAGAUACUCAGCGCAACAAAGCAAAGCCUGUAAUUUUUCGAGCAUCGAUACUGUAUCGCGACCACCAAGCACAAUUAUCAACUGCACGCGCAACGCGCACUUAUUUGUCGCAACCAUGGAGAAGUCCCAGGAUUUCAAGUCGCUCCAGGAAAGCGUCCAGAAGUCGCUUGUCUCGACAACCAAGACUGUGAACCGGAUCGCAGCUGAAGACCUGAGCUUUCAGCGCACAGUCAACCCUAACGUUGGCCAACAACUUGACGAUCGAACUUCACGGAUUCUCGAACUAUCUACACGGCUGCUGCAAUCAACCGGAAAGGCAUGUGGCGUCAAAGCGCCUAAGCUGGAAGAUGUCGAAGAUAUCGAGAUGAAAUGGAGAGGUGUGGUCGAUGUCGUCGAUUCUUCACUCGAAAAGGCCGACACAGCGUUGGAUGAGUACACAGGACUUGUCAAGAGAAAGGAGCCUCCUGCUUCUGAUUCUAACCAGGCCAAGAAACCCAAAUCGACAACCAAGGUCAUCCGAAACGCCAACAUCUCCAAGCCUCAACUUCAGUUUGAGCGAAAGCCCGACAACUUCGCUCCACCACCUUGGAAACCAAUCCUCAAAGCAAAGCCACACGCCAGCGUGUCUUUGAAAGAGAGCCUCAAUAUCGUGCCCAACGAAGCCGGCACGCCGCAAUAUCAACAUCCCUACGAACACGAGAUUGUCCGCAUGGCAUACCCCAAACGUGUUUCCAGAGAAGCUGAACCCAUUAUGUAUCAGCCUGUGGACACCACGGAAGCAACUUACGUUGAUACAUAUGAAGGCGUUCUCGAGAUGCUGGGAGAGCUCAUGAAGGCGAAGGAGAUUGCGGUAGACCUGGAACAUCACGACUUCAGAAGCUACGUCGGACUUGUGUCCCUGAUGCAGAUCAGCACACGUGAAAAAGACUGGAUCGUGGAUACUCUGCAACCCUGGCGCCACAAACUCGAGGUCCUCAACCAAGUUUUUACUAACCCCAAGAUCGUUAAGGUUUUCCACGGUGCGUAUAUGGACAUAAUAUGGCUGCAGCGAGAUUUGGGACUUUACGUGAACGGGCUCUUUGACACUUUUUUCGCCUGUGGGCAACUUAACUACCCGGCCAAGAGUCUUGCGUACCUACUGUCCAAGUUUGUCGACUUCGACGCAGACAAAAAAUAUCAGUUGGCGGAUUGGAGAUUACGCCCACUGCCCCAGGAGAUGCUGUACUAUGCUCGGUCCGAUACCCACUACCUACUUUACAUUUAUGAUCGUGUACGAAACGAGCUUGUUGCAGCCUCGGACAAAACUGAUGCCGACAAAGACCUCAUUGGUCGUGCUCUAGAGAAAUCAAGGGAACAGUCUCUAUCUCGCUACGAACAUCCCGAUUACGACCAAGAGACCGGCGAAGGCUCUCGCGGUUGGAGCUCAUACAUUUUCAAGAACUCCCACAUGGCUUUCGAUAGCGAGCAAUUUUCUGUCUUUAGAGCUUUGUGGAAAUGGAGAGAUGACACGGCCAGGAAGGAGGACGAGAGCACCAACUUUGUUCUCGGCAACAGGGACAUCUCGGAAAUUGCUCGUAUUAACCCACCAGACGCAAAGGCCCUUCACAGCCUACUGCCUCUUAAUGCAUCGCUAGCCAGGUCGCGCUUCAACGAAAUCUGGGGAUACAUCAAGGAGUCCAAGGCCAAGGGUGGCCGAAGUUUGCUUCACUUUUUUACUUCGAUGGCGCCGGAUAGCCUUAUGAGGAAUGGCGUACCUAUCGCAGCCAGGAAGACCACCAGGUUACCGGACCUUGAUGGAGAGGUCACAGUCAGCAGGCUGACUCGAUCGCAGUUAUUUGGAGACAUGCCGAUCAGUACUCAGUGGGAUGCUUCGACUCGACGGCCCGAAACUGAAGAGGAUCUUAUUCCGUUCCCCUGGCAGAAGUUCGUUGAACAGGGUACGAUUGAGGGAGACGUUCAACACGAUACCGUCACCGACCCGGCUGUGGUCCCUGCACAACCCAAUCAUGUGGAGAAUGCAGGGGGCAGUGCUCAAGUUGAAGAGGACGAUGAGGAAUUUACUCUAAAGAGGGGCCAGAAGCGGAAGUCGGAGGCGGUAGAAGAAUCUGACUCUAGUGAGGGAGGAUCCGAAUCCUCAGAUUCAGAGAGUGAUGAGGAGAUGCAAGAUGACAAUGGAGUCAUUGCUAUCGAGGAUGGGUCGUCUGGUAAAGCAGAAUCUAGGAAUGCCCGUCGCAAGCAGCGUAAGGCAGAGGAGAAGAAAGCCAAGGAAGAACAACUCCAACGACAAGAGGCAAAGAAGGCCCGCAAAGCCCAGAAGAAACAGAAGAAGGAGGAUGACAAGGUCAAGAAGUUCGAUGCAGUGCCUUUUGAUUAUAGCAAGGCCACAUCAGUGGUCAAUACGAAGAGGGAACCAAACACUGAUGUCAAGGGCAAGAAGAGGGUGUUUGACCCCUAUUCCAAGUCUGCAGACACGGACAUCAAGGGAGCUCGCAAAGCACCUCCAGUGAGAGGUGAGCGAAGCGCGACAUUCAAGAAGUAA